AUGAAAUAAAAUAAAUAAAAUAUUCAUAAGGUUAUCCGCAAGAGUAAAUUUAAAUUUGUAAUGUCUUAUAGGACCUUGGACAGAUGAAGAGGAUCUCAGAGUAAUUGAAUUAGUUUAAGAAUUUGGUCCUUAAAAAUGGACUUAAAUUGCCUAAUAAUUAGAUGGAAGAAUAGGAAAAUAAUGUAGAGAAAGGUGAUAAUGAAUUUUAAUUUAAUAGAUGGCAUAAUCAUUUAAAUCCUUUGAUAAAGAAAACUCCUUGGGAAGAAGAUGAAGAAUGGGUUUUAUUCCUAUAUCAUAAAGCUUUAAGUAUUAAUCCUGAUUAUACAUUAAGGCAAUAAAUGGGCUGAAAUAGCCAAGCAUGUCAAAGGAAGAACUGAUAAUUCAAUCAAGAACCACUGGAAUAGUGGCAUGAAAAAAAGAAUGCCUGAAUUUUAAAUGAAGUUGGGUUAAAUUAAGUAGAAAUUUUAAAGAGAAGGGUAUCUUAUGAACAUUAAAUAAGAAUAUCAAUUUUGAAUGAUUAUGAUCCAUUAUAAAAAAAAGCUCUAGAGAUUAUCUUAAUGAAUAAACAAUACAAGAGUAUAAUAAGUGAAUCUUCUGAAAGUGACGAUGUUUCAUACCCUACAAAAUAAUCAAAGAAACAUCGACAUCACUUAGAGUUGAUAGAGUUGUAAAGAGAACAAUAGCUCAAAGGAUAAAAUGAUGAGAUAAUAGAAUAAAACUACAUCAGCGAUGAUGAAUAAGAGAUGAGUAAUAGGUGAUUUAUUAAAUAAUGUAAUUUCUAGUGUAAAUUCCUUCUAAUUACUAACGACUUCUAAGAAGAAGAGUAAAUGUGAAUACGA